GUUCUUAUCUCAAAAUGUUGUCGACGAUAGUCAUUGUAUAAAUGUGUAUCCUAUCUUUUGUUGAAGCUGUUUUAUGAGUCUAAGUAUGAAUAAUAUAGCUAUAUUUAUUUAUCUAUAGACUACUUCUAGACAGCCAGCAUUACAUGCAUGAUAUACCACGUAGGCUAGUGUGAUUUCCUUGUUCGAAGGAUAGCCUACCUCACGAUACUUUACCGACUUCAAAGCGUCUCACAGUAUCAAUGCAAGAUUUCAGAAUAAAUAGGGUGCAGUGUGACUGACUUGUGAUGAGCAGCAAAUCCAAAAAACACGGCUGUCGUAUAUGCAGUGGAGAUUUGCAGGGCAACCAGAGGCGAUGGCUCUAUGCCAGUCAAAAGCAGAGGGGAGGUCCUCACACGCCGACCGAUCGGUCCACCAAGGGAAGUUGGUCAGGGUCUGCGCUUAGCAGUCCAUGGGGCAGUACUUUGUCUCUGGGCUCCUAUUCUUCUCCUCAUACAUUACCAUCCCCCUCAAAGGGAGCGGAUCAUCUCUCCAUCCUAACUCAUAUACUAGGGCAGCCUGUACCAAGGGGCGGUGGGCAAAGGGAGUUUCUGUGUGGAAAGUGUGCGUCCCUUCUUGAACGAGUCUUUAAGUUUGACACAGUAAUCAGCAGAGUCAAACUACUGUCCUCUGAAAGGUUGCAGAAGCUUAAACAAGAGAGGGAUAAGAUCAGGCAGUGGGUACGUAACACUUACCUACAGGACCAGCCCUCUGAAUUUCAAUCGAAGGAAAACUUAAGUGAAGUAGAAGAUGAAAAGGAGGGAUACAGGUCAAUGAUGAGAGAUAAUCUGGCCUUGUCAGAGUAUGAGUGCUGGUCAGAGAGGUCAAGCUGUUGUCCCUAUUUCCAGAGAACAGGUAAAUGGUGCCAAAAGGGGAAAAACUGUCAAGGCUGUAACUCUCUGAGAGUAUCUGACUCUGACUAUGAGUCUGUCUGUGGGAUUCCCCGCAAUCUCCCCUUUCAGCCCUUUUCCCCACUGGCCCUUUCUCGUGACAAGUCUCAGAGCAUGCCUCUCAAUUGGUCUAGAGUACCAUCUGUCAGUUUUAGUCCCACAUCCUUAGCAGGUUCAUGCAGAUCCUUGCGGUAUCAAUCUCAAGCUAACUCCUUACAGUCACUGGAUUCUAUUGAUGCAUGUGAUCCGUUUGAUCAGCCAGAAACAUCCAACUUGGAGGGGAUUCUUAAGGAGGUCAAAUGUAUACCUUGGAAACCACUGAUUUCUCCAGUAGGGAGUCGCAUUCCUGUAUUAGAAAGAGGCAGUGGGGGCAAAAAAAGAGAGUUGAGACAUCAUGGCAUGGUUCUGGCAAGGGAGCUGGAUUUUAGAGAGCAGAAUGAGGAGGAAAUGGAAGUGGACGGCGAAAGCAUGGAUAUGCUGCUUGAAAUUCAGGAUGAGUUUCUACCUCUACGCAAGGAGAUCAGAACAGGACAAAUGCAUACUGUUGUCAAGCAGUUGCAAGAACAGCUGGAUCAGGCUCAGACCCACAUCAAGACCAUAGAUGGACAGCUCCAUAAUGAGAAAAAAGAGUCAAAGAAAAGUAGAGCUGUGUCAAAUAUUCCUACAGUGACUUACGUUGACUCCACAGUUGAGAAUGCCCCUGUGCAGAAUUUGAGCCAUUCAUUGCAUGACACUGUGAAACUAAUUCAGGAAUGUAUUGCUUCAAUGACAAAAUUAUGUGUGGAGAUGGGACAUAAAUUUGAAAAUGCAGAUUUACUGUCAAACAAAAUGAAUAUAGCAAUGAAGAACAUUGAGGACAUGAUUGCGUAUCUCUCUGAAUUAAGAGAGAAGGAGCAGGAUAUGGAGAAAGAAAUUUCCAUUCUUAGGCAGGCAGAGAGAGAGAGGGAAGCAGACCUUGCCACACUCUCUGCUAUACUGCAGAGCAACCGGGACAUCAUGAAUGAUAUGCAUGUGGAGCUGGGAUUGGAGAGGGAUGUGCAGCAGGAGCUCCACAUGGAGCAGGCCAUGAGGAGACUGCGGGACCAGAUUCUUUGGGCUGCUCUCCAGCAGAAGGAGGCACUGACACUGUGCCAAAGGGAGACAUUCAGAAGCUCCCAGGAGGAUGUACAGGAUCAGAGUACACGGACAAAACGUCCAAAUGAAGGUGAAAAGGGGGAUGAGGAGACAGGAUGUGAAAUGUGACCAGAUGAGAAGUGAAAUAAAAGCAUGCCAGCUCUGAGAGGUCUGAAGAGGAGCUAAGCCUACAAAGGUGUGUGUGCGCUGCAGCUCACUUCACACACGCCAUCUGUCAAAGGACUUUCAAAGGCUUUGCUUUUCACCUUUUUGAAAGCACAUUUUCUUUGAAUUUGUUGAAGGCCAAGUGUUGCACUGUAUUGGUGUUGAUGAGCUUAUUAUGAGUAUUAGAUUCACAAUCCACCAAGACUAAAACUGCAACUACAUUAAUAGAAAUUCUGUGACAGCAUGCCGUUUGGAGAAAGAUAUUCUGCUUUGAAUAUGCCAAAUCAUGGCCUUCACAACUUAAAAGCUGCUUGUCUACUCUGUGUACAGUAUAUGGGGCAAGUUAUAUACCAGCAAGUUACAUGCUGCCAAAGAUGUAUAAUGUGCAUGAGGCGGACUGGUCUCUUUCAUGGGUUUUAUUUCAUUCAUUUUGUUUAAUAUCGGGAAACAAUUCUCUAAUUAUUUUGAUGGUAGUGGUGCAUCAUGGUAACUCAGGCCAUCACAGUACUGUAGAUUGUUUGCUAUUGCAUUUCUUUAACUGUAACAAUGUAGUUACAGGACUGGUAUGAGGGAAAGAAGAGCACAUGGUGAUAUGAAGAGUGAAUAACACUUGUUUUCACCAACUGUUGGCAGGCACUUGUAUAUGACCAACUAGUGAUAUCUUGAGAUUGAAAUUAUCUCAAAAGUAUUACAAUUGCUUAAAAGCUCAAACUUUCCAGAUCUUAGAAUUGGUCCAGUUAGUUGGACCAGUGCUCUUCUAAAUUCAACACCUACAUCUUUUUAAAUCUAUGAUUAUUCUUUGAUUGUCCUCAAAUACAAAAGCUAUACUAUAUUUGGUCUAUUUUUCUGAAGGCCUUUGUUGUAUUUGGUGUUUUAAUAAAACGAUACUCUGGU